ACGAAUGUAUAUAAUGCUGUUCAUUUAUAAGAUUGACAUUAGACGACAAGAUGACGCCUAAAGUAAUUGUAUUUCUCGCUCUCCUAGCAGUGGCUUUCGCCGAGAAACCCUUCCUCGGUCUUCGAACGCCUGUGUUCCCUCACGUCGUCGGAGGUCGCGAAGCAGUAAAAGGAUCUCACCCGCACAUAGUUUCUCUUCAAUGGGGUCCAUCAACUUCGACUGCUUCGCACUUCUGCGCCGGAUCCAUCAUAGACAAACAAUGGAUCUUAACCGCAGCACACUGUCCUCUGGCAGUUCCUUCCUAUGGCGAAUUUGUUGUUAAGGCCGGAAAGCAUAAUAUCAAAAUUACUGAGAGUACUGAACAAGUAAUUAGAGUGUCUAAAAGCAUCGUGCAUGAAAAUUAUCAAGGUGGUGUCGGCCCGUACGAUAUCGCUCUGAUCAAACUAUCGACUCCGUUGAACCUCUCAAUCGAGGUAAGAACCGUCGUAUUACCUACACCAGAAAGCACACCACUUGGAAACGCCACUCUGUGUGGAUGGGGCUCUACCUCAACCACCAGCUUUCCACGAAUGCCAGACAAACUUCAAGAAGUAAGUUUGCCGUAUCUCGAUCUUGUCGCCUGCAGCGAUGCAGUCAGGCGCUUGACAGGAUCUUCACCCGUUCAUGCGACCAAUGUUUGCACCGGACCGUUGACUGGCGGAACCUCCGCAUGCAGCGGUGAUUCUGGCGGCCCAUUGACAAGCAAAGUUGGAAACUCAGAAAUACUCACCGGUAUUGUAUCGUGGGGCAUUAUUCCGUGCGGCACCACAGGAGCGCCAUCCGUAUACACGAAAGUAUCCAAAUUCAAUUCAUGGAUUCAGCAGAAAAUCGCUACUAAUUAAUGAUAUUAUGUUGACUAUGUAUAAAAACAAUUGAAUACAUAAUAUUCUAAAUACUUCAAGACAAAUAAAUAUGCAAUAUAUAUAUAUACAA